CUUGUUAAUGAGAGGUCAGAGGAUAAUGACUAGACUGGUUCAAGCUGACGGGAGGGCGACAGUAACUCUAAAACCACAAGUUACCAGAGUAUCUCGUCGAAACGAAGUGAAUCGGUUACAACAGAAGGCCACGAAAAUACACGCAGAUUGAAUUACAAACGCUGGACCGAAAUUAGCUGCAGUCCUGCGUCACAGAAAGAUGGCGACUGGUUAGGAUUGGUGGAGUCGUUUAUGUGUGGUGUGUGUUUUCAUCUUAGUUGCGAUCUUCCCUGGGACGAGCGUACUUGGGCGGGGAGAAUUAGGGAGAGGACGGAGGUGUGACCUGAUGCUACAGCUCUGAGGAAACGCUCCUGUGGUACCACGACAUGUGCUCCCGCUACCUCGCUCAGCACAGUGACCCAUGCAAAGGACCCGUGACAGGAUCGCAUUCCGAGCGAGAAGGGGUCAUCUCUGAGCCUCCAACACACUGCCCCCUGGUUUAACUGGUGGAUCCCACCCCUGCAACCUACCCCAGCUCGGACCUCAAGCCCCCUCCCGAACCCUUCUCUCCCUGCCAAGCACCAUGGAGAACAAGCCUUCAGGGAGACGUUUGAAGGCCAGGAGAGACUGCACUCCGAUGAGCAAGAGGAGAGCCCGAGGGGGCGCUGAAGGGACCCACACUCGGCUCUGGGAGGGCCAGGACGUGCUGGCUCGCUGGAGCGAUGGCCUGCUGUACCUGGGCAAGAUCCGGAAGGUGGACCGCUGGAAGCAUAUCUGCCUCGUUCGCUUUGAGGACAACUCCGAGUUCUGGGAGAUGUGGAAGGACAUAUACCCCUCUGCCCUCCCAGGCUCGGAGCAGGUCUGCUUCCUCUGCAGCGACAACACCUCCAGCCAGCACAACCUGAUUGUCAUCUGUGCGAAAUGCAAGCAAGGGUAUCACCAGGAGUGCCAUGCCCCACCAAUCAAGGCUGACGGGGUGGCCCCGUCCUCGUGGAUUUGCCGUUCCUGUGUUUUUGCCGUGGCCACCAAGAAAGGAGGCGCCUUGAAGAAGGGUCUCUAUGCCAAAGCCAUGCUGGCUAUGAAGCAGGCGCUGCCCUACCAGCUUGAGUCUUUGGAGUGGGACUCCGAGCACCUCACCAAUCAGCAGCAGUGUUACUGUUACUGCGGGGGCCCUGGCGAGUGGAAUGUGAAGAUGCUGCAGUGUUACCGGUGUCAGCACUGGUUCCACGAGGCCUGCACACAGUGCCUGACCAAGCCUCUGCUCUAUGGAGACAGGUUUUACCUAUUUUUGUGCAGUGUCUGCACAGGUGGACCAGAAUAUGUGAAGCGACUGCCCCUAGACUGGGUGGAUAUCGCGCACCUGGUCCUCUACCACCUCACCAGCUGCUGCAAGAGGAAGUACUUCGACUUCGAGCGGGAGAUCCUGGCGUUUGCCAACGAGAACUGGGGCAGCUUGCUCGUCGGAGGGCUCUCCAGCACCACGAAGACCGAACGCUACAAUCAGCUCCUGAAUACCCUGAACAGCCAUCGGGAGAGGUUCGUGUCAGGGAAGGAAAUUAAGAAGAAGAAGUGCAUCUUCGGCCUGCAGGAGCGCCUCCCCCCUCCACCGCCCCCUGCUGCCUGCCUACAGGAGAUGUACAGCAAGUCGUCAGUGCCUCUGCUCAGUCCGUCCCGACCCCCCACCAGGUCUGUACUCGAAGGGCUAAAGAAACCGAAGGUGAGAAGACCCUUGCGCCGGAGAGACCCUCAGGACCUGUACGCCCUGAAGACGAGGAAAGCUCGACGCCUGCUGCAAAGAGCCAUCAGUCAGAAUGUGGUGGUGAACCCCUCCAGCCCGAACCAGGCCUACCGAGGCAGCAAAGGCAGUGUGAGUGCAUGCCCUGCCUGGGAAAACAUCGAGAGAACGCCUCCCAAGAUGAUGUUCGCCUCCAUUCAGCCGUCAUCUAACACUGUCCGCAGUCUGGAAUCAUCGUCCUCCUCCUCUUUGGAAUAUGGUGACACUGCGGGCUGCCCGACCCGAGCAGCUGGAGGCGGGGCCCGGCUAUCAGACGGUGAGGAAGGCGCUGAUCCUCCUGAGGAAGAGGAGGAGGAGGAGGCAGAGGUGGACGACGAAGAGGAAGCAGGGGAGGAGGGAGAAGAGGAGGACGAGGAGGAGUGCUUGGACAACAUGGCGGACAGCCGCUCCCAGUGCGACUCAAGUGACGAGGACCUGCCCCUCUCCUACUUCUGCUCCUCGGUCAACAGCUACUUCGGAGCGAUGGGCAGACUGGCACGGGGCGAGACGGUGCGGAUCCUGGCCCGCCGGCUGACUCUCGACAAUAAGGUCCAGUACCUGGUCGAGUGGGGCGGCUCUUCCAUGUUUUAGCAGCUGUCGAGGGGAUGGGAGAGCAGGGAGCUGGGGUCGCACGGACAGAGGUGUCAGCUGCUCCCUGUCUCUGGCUGUCUCGCUCCCCUCUCCCCUGCAGCUCUGCAGGCUUUGAGCACACUGUUACUGUUUUCAGAUGGUUGGGUUUCAGCCCUCGUCAUGUCUCAGAAGUGAGUGUGGGAGUCAUACCUGUCCUGGGAGACCAACGGCCUGCUGGGACAUGACGUGCGAGACGCGGAGUUGAGAGUGGGGAGGGGAGAGGGUGUGCAGAGAUCCUCGUCCAGUCCGCCCUUUCGUAAAUUAGCCAGUGUUUUGGAUGUUGGCCGUGUGUCGUCAUCACCCAUGAGUGUGUCUCUGAUAUACAUCGAUAUGUUUGUCACCCACUGGUGAUCCUGUUAACGUACUGUGUUGUCUAUGGCACCCAUGGGUGUGCCCCAUCACCCAAUGAUGCUUUUGCAUUCUGCUUAUUCCCCCUCUUCCUCCCUACUUCUCCCCACCUUUCUCCUAUUCUCAUAUCUCUCUCUCCCCGUCCCCCUUUCCUCCACAUCUCCCCGUCCCCCUUUCCUCCACAUCUCCCCACCCCACUACUCCAUCUUUCUCUCUGCCUCUCUCCCUCUCUGUAUAUCUAUAUUCCCUUUGUCCUCUGCCCUUCCUCCUUCAUCAUUAUUCCUUUCUUCUGCCUCAGCUUCUUGCUUCUUUCCUUGUGCUCCUCUUCCUGUAUAAACUCUUCUCUGCCUGUAACCUCCUCUCCCUGCCGCCUCCAUCCCGUUGGCAAGAGGGUUCGAUCAGGAGUGGACCAGAGCCUCCGCCAUUCUGAUGUGAUGCUGAUUGGAGUCAGGAACGAGACUCCAAUGCAAAAGGCAUCUCCUCACACCCAGGUUUUUAGAUUAACCCCCGCAUUGUUCCGUUUGCUGACCUCGGAGAACAAUCUUUUUUUUGUUUAUUUCUCCUCUAUCUGACAGAUAGGAAUAGCCCCUCCCUCUCUCUCCUCUCUUCCCAUUUUCUUCCCUCUAUCCUCCACUCCUUCCACCUCUGUCCCCCCUUUCUACCCUCUUUACCACCUCUCUACUCACUCUCUUCUCCCUUAUAAGACAUAGGAGCAGAAUUAGGCCACCGAGUCUGUUACCCCUUUCCCACACCCUCUCCCUGCCAUCUUUCUAUGUAUAUCUUUUUUCCAAGCCUUUAUCAUUAUUUCAAACACCAAAAUCGAACCCUCCCCAAGGCCUGCUAUCUUUGUCGAUGGGUAUAACCUUCAUAGUUGGAAACUCCCUCUGGUCACAUGACAGUUCCUCUCACACCCUUGCCCACCCCCCAUCCCAUCCCCACAGCUACAGCAACCUUCUCUUCCCCCUCCCCCCCGCCCCCAUCUGUUCCUUGCCAAAGAUGGGCUGGGAUUUGGGGGCUGGAGUUGCUCUGUUGGUGGUGGCAAGCUCCAAGUUUACCCCCAGUUUCCCCAGCAUGACAGCCACAGUGUCCAGAGGUCGUGCCCUGUUGUUACAGGAGAUGGGCAGUACCGCCCAUCUCAGCCCCAGAGCUGUUAUCCUUCCAUCCUGGUGGCAGAGAGCAUGUUCAAAAUUAUUGUGAGUAUUGAGUCCAUGUGGUGCUGGUGUUAAUCGCACAGGGAUUUUUAGGCUUAAUCCUAUAGGGUGGCGGUGGUUAAAUCAGGACUUAAUAUCUCUCAUUGCACGGUCGUUUGGUUAAUCCCAGCGGGAUGUUGGUGUCGACCCUGUGGAGGGUUAAGGAAGGUGCUGGGUUUGGACCCAGUGACUAGUGGGUUUCUCGGCUGGGCCUGUGUUUAGCGUAGAGGUGAACCUAUGGACAGUGGGGUCUGCUCACCCAUCUCCACCUCCUCUCUGGCUGACCCGGGGUUUGGGAUUUGUGGCUGCCUACCCCGUCUGCUCCCUCGUGGAGGGGCUGGAUGUGUGGGGUGAGAAUAGGGAUCUCAUGCUGACUGUGGGUAGGCAGUUGAGCCUCGGGGGUCGGGGAUUGUCCCAAAGCCAAGAGACUCUGCUGGGGAGGAGGGGCUGAUAUAAGACACUCCCUACCCUCCUUGAGUGGUCCUUGGACCUGUUGCUGUGUGAGGGAGCCACACUUGGGAAUCUUUAUGUACACCCCAUCCCUCUCCCAGUGAGUCGCCCCCCACGACCCACCUGCACUGUCCUUUCCUCUACCUCCGAGGCGCUUGGAUCAGAAUUCCCUAUGGGAAUUGUGUGUCCUCAAGGUGAGGGAGCAGGUGGACUGUCCCAGCUUCCAUUCCUCCCACCCCCUCUGUCUUGCUCCCCCACUCUUAUUCUCCCCCCUUCCUCCUCCUUGACCCACAUUAUCUCCUCGGUAUUUUCCCCUCACUCCCCCCCCCCCCCCCCAAUGCUCUGUGCAAACACGACAUGAAACCAUGGUUUAAACUGCUACAUCUGGCCUCAGUGCCAUCCGAAGAAUUGGGAUGUGAAGAGAGUCGAGUACCCCUGGGAGAUAGAGUGAGAUGGGAGCAAAGAGAUUCGGUUUCUGCUAUGCAGCCUCUCAGAGUCGAAUAGCCCGGGGUCAGUUUUGGAUGCGGUGUGGUGGGGGAGAGGGGAGUCAUUCAGCUAGAUGGAACAAGGAGAGGUCUCUGCUGUGGGCGCCUUGCGGGGAUGGAUAAAGACUUGCAUAACUCCAGGCGGAAGGGUGAAGAGUGGCUGCUGCCCUCCGAAUACACAGCUGCCUCCUGUCAUCUGUGCGUGAAACUGAUGGCUAGCACACAAGCUACACGCAGACACUCCACCGAGGCACUGGCUUCUUCCCUGCACCAAGUCCAGUGUCCCAGGGAGUCGGCUGUCUCUCUCAAAGACAGCCCACACCCCCAAAGAUAUAGGCACUGAGGAGGUCUCCGAAGUGUCACCAGAGAGAGUUGGACAACGAGGGAGGAGGCACCAGUCUCCGAUGUCAAAGUGAAGUGAGGGAAAGUUUAUUUUGUUAUUGUUAAAAAUAUUCUACACACAUACAGUAUAUAGAUAAGUAUAUAUAAAUAUAUAAUUAUAUAAAAUAAAGAUUUUGCUUUGUGUAAA